AGAAGAAGAAGAAGAAGAAGAAGAAGAAGAAGAAGACGUUGGUCGACGCUACAGCCUGCCAUCUCCUCUCCAUGCUCGUGUUAGGGGACAAUAUGAGUGGUACAUAAAUAGAUUCCAUUUACUUAUCGCCUCUUCAUAAUGGCCAGUCAGGGUGAUGGAGAGGUGUGGUAUGCCCAUCCAGUUUAUGCCCGUUAUUGGAAGCACUACCAGCAGGCCAUGAACUGGCGACAGAGGCACAAGCAGGCAUACAGGAAAGCUUUGGAGGUUGGACACUUCCAGGCACUGUAUUCCAUGUGCCCCUCUACCAUGCAGCGUUACUCAGAUUGGCUUGCAGAUAAGAGUUGGAGGAAAAAUCACAGAGACAUAACCACAGGUAGAGAAGAAAAAAGGGAGAAUGAUUCAGACAGUGAGAUGGAGGAGAGCCAGAUUGAGUGUGACGUCAGCAACAUGGACAUCUCAGAAGACCUGCGACAAUACUUUGCCCAGACAGAGCGACACAAGCAGGAACUCAAGAAAAUUCAGCAGAUGGAGGCAGAGAAGCAGGACUCUUAUGUACUGGCUGACCAAGACUUGCACAGAGUUUCCUGGCGCAGCAGCCUGCCUCCUUCAGAGCGUCCGGGAGAGAGGAGGACCGCAGAAAUGAAAAAGCUGUAUGGUAAAGAUGCAGCAAAAAUUCAGGGGAUGGAAACAGCCAUGCAGCUCAAAUUUGAUCGCAACUGUGACAAAAAACAGCCCAAGUACUGGCCUGUUAUACCACUAAAUCUGUAGGAUAAUCAGACAUCCCUCAUAGCCUGACACAUCACAGGAUGAUGAACCUGUUUUCUGAACUGAUCAGAGACCGUUUCGAUUCUGUUGUACUGACAGUACUGAAGUGUUGUUACAAUUCAGCAUCUUUGAGGACCUUUCUCAUUUAUAACACACACUUGUUAGUUCCUUACAGACAGAUAUAGCACUUCAAGAGUAUGUUUAAUACAUAUUCAAUUGAAGAUCUGAACAGUAAAAGCAUCUGACUUUAAUAAUAAAGCGUUAGCCUUACACUCACUUUCUUUUGAGGUAUCUGUACAUUUGUCUGUAGUGGUAUCCACAGACACUACUAAUUACACUGUUCUAUUUUUUUUUUUUUUUUUUUAAGUCUCAUAUAUGUAAACUAUGGAGAUACUGCUUAGAGCUCAGUGCUGUUCCUCAUGUAGUCAUUUCUCCCUAACUAGGUCAUUGCCUCCCCCACAGUCUUUGGUUAAUGUGUUUUGUCUGUCUCUUCUUUUUGCAUCUCACAGGAACACUUGAGAGUGCUUGCUGGCUUAUUCUCUGGUGCAGUUUUUACAUGCAGAAUUUUCUUUUUUUAUGCAGAGAUAUUGUUUAAUUAAUGAGAUUUGAUUGAUUAAUAAAUGUAUUGCAUUUACAUGUGUGGGUGUGGCAGUUUUUAUGGUGUAUUUAAUGAUGAUAUUCUUUUGGAUUGGAGUUCUUUAAAUGGAAAAAAAAGCUUUUGUCCAUUUACACUUGUUUUUAACAUGCACCUCAGAAGAUUAAAUAAAAACAUAGCUGUCUCCUGUGACUGCCUUUGAAUA